UUAAAAAUUGAAAAAGACUGCGCGCUCGAAGAGCUUCUUCAGACGCGCGCAGCGAAAUACACAACGAUCGCGAAAACUCGAAGAUUUACUUAGAAUGCUGUGAUAGAAUAUGUCGCGGUAUGAAUAAUCUGAAACUCAGUUUCUAUAUAGUUUGUAGGACCGACGAAAUAACAUUGAUUACUGCCAGAUAGUUUCACUAUAAGCAUUUCUAGACGACAUUAGGCUACUCCUCUUGUAGAUUAAUAGGCUACUUCUCCAAUCCGGGAGAGUUGCUAUAUGGAGUGAGACCCGUGUUGCAAAUGUAUUUCGUUGUUUGAAACUCAAACUUUCUUGAUUUGAUUGAACAAGAGAACUGGGACGUCGGCUUCAGCGCGCCUCUGGAGUCAUCCCUGACUAAAAGCUGGACAUAAAACUCCGGUAGAAUGAGCACGGAUAAAAACAAGGUGGAGGAUGAGGCGGUGUUGGACAGAGGUGCGUCCUUCGUCAAGCAUGUCUGUGAUGAGGAGGAAGUGGAAGGUCACCACACUGUGUACAUCGGCGUACACGUGCCCAAGAGCUACCAGCGGAGGCGGCGCCACCGACGCAAGUCCAGCCACAAGGAGAGGAAGGAGAGGCCGGUGGAGAACGUAGAGGGGGACAAAACGGAUGGAGAGAAUGCUGAUGAGGCAGCGCCCAACAUCCUCAAACCUCUCAUUUCUGCAGCAGCAGAGAGGAUCAGGUUCAUCCUGGGUGAGGAGGAUGAUGGACCCCCGCCCCCUCAGCUCUUCACUGAGUUGGACGAACUGCUGGCCGUCGAUGGACAGGAGAUGGAGUGGAAGGAGACAGCCAGGUGGAUAAAGUUUGAGGAGAAGGUGGAAAAGGGAGGCGAGCGUUGGAGUAAGCCCCACGUGGCCACCCUGUCCCUUCACAGUCUGUUUGAGUUGAAGACCUGUAUUGAGAAAGGCACCAUCCUGCUGGACCUGGAGGCCUCCACUCUACCACAGGUGGUUGAGUUGAUCACUGACAGCCAGAUCGAGAUUGGUCAGCUGAAGGCCGAGCUGAAGGAUCAAGUCAUGUACACGUUGCUACGAAAACAUCGUCACCAGACCAAGAAGUCCAACCUGCGCUCUCUUGCCGACAUCGGCAAGACGGUGUCCAGUGCAAGCAGGCUGUUUUCCAACCAAGACCAGAACGCACGCAGUCCCCAUGAACACCCCCAGCCCUUCCCCCACUCCCACCCCCAGUCCCAGUCCCAAUUUGUGCCUUAUGCAACCCCGCUCGGCUCUGAGGAACCGAUAGAGGAGGUCCAAAGGAGCUCCAGCAUGCAAUACAUCAGUAGCCCAGCCACAACCCAUCGGAACCUGACCUCUAACAGCCUCAAUGACUUCUCUGACCAACCAGAUCGAGACCAGCUGAGGAAUAAGUUUAUGAAGAAGCUUCCUCGUGAUGCCGAGGCAUCUAACGUCCUGGUCGGAGAGGUGGACUUCCUUGACACGCCCUUCGUGGCGUUCGUCCGUCUGCAGCAGGCUGUCAUGUUGGGAGCUCUGACAGAGGUCCCCGUCCCUACCAGGUUUUUAUUCGUGCUGCUGGGGCCCAAAGGAAAAGCCAAUUCUUACCAUGAGAUCGGACGCGCUAUCGCCACCCUCAUGUCUGAUGAGGUGUUCCAUGACAUUGCCUACAAGGCCAAGGACAGACAGGACCUGCUGGCGGGCAUCGAGGAGUUCCUGGAUGAGGUCAUUGUCCUACCCCCAGGGGAGUGGGACCCUGACAUCAGGAUAGAACCCCCCAAAUCCCUGCCCUCGUCUGACAAGAGGAAGAACCAGUAUAAUGCUGGGGGUGGAGGGGAUGGGCCCCAGAUGAAUGGGGACACACCAGGACAUGACGGGGGUCAGGGAGGAGGGGGACAUGGACAUGUCGGAGAAGAGCUCAUGAACACUGGGAAGUUUUGCGGCGGCCUCAUUCUGGACAUCAGGCGGAAGCUGCCUUUUUUCGCCAGUGAUUUCUACGACGCCAUUCACAUCCAGUCGCUGUCCGCCAUCUUAUUCAUCUACCUGGGCACUGUAACCAAUGCAAUCACCUUCGGAGGGUUGCUAGGAGACGCUACGGAAAACAUGCAGGGUGUGUUGGAAAGUUUCCUGGGCACGGCAGUGACAGGGGCCAUAUUCUGUCUGCUGGCUGGCCAGCCUCUCACCAUCCUCAGCAGCACCGGUCCUGUACUGGUGUUUGAAAGGCUCCUCUUCAACUUCAGCAAAGACAAUGACUUUGACUACCUGGAAUUCCGGCUGUGGAUCGGCCUAUGGUCAGCUUUCUUUUGCCUGGUGCUGGUUGCCACAGACGCCAGCUUCCUGGUCCAGUACUUCACGCGCUUCACGGAGGAGGGCUUUUCAUCCCUCAUCUCCUUCAUCUUCAUCUAUGAUGCCUUCAAGAAGAUGCUGAAGCUGGCCCACUACAACCCCAUUAAUGCUGAUUACGACCCUAACUACGUCACAACGUACGACUGCCGCUGCAUGCCCCUACCGGACGACGGAAAUGUGACAGGUAUCUAUAGCGAUGUCUCUUCCUGGAUAAAUGAUACUGAUCUGCCGGUAAAUGCCACGUGGGCGUCUCUCGAUAAGGAACAGUGUGUGAAGUAUGGUGGUGAGCUGAUUGGUCCAGCCUGCGGCUUCGUCCCCGACGUCACUCUGAUGUCAUUCAUCCUUUUCCUGGGGACCUACACUUGCUCCAUGUGUCUCAAGAAGUUCAAGUUCAGCCGCUUCUUCCCCACCACUGUGAGGAAACUGAUCAGUGAUUUUGCCAUCAUCCUGGCUAUUGUCAUCUUCUGUGGUGUGGAUGCCUUGGUCGGAGUAGACACACCCAAGCUCAUCGUGCCAACUGAAUUCAAGCCCACCAGCCCCAACCGUGGCUGGUUCGUGCCCCCGUUUGGAGGGAACCCGUGGUGGGUGUAUCUGGCUGCAGCCCUCCCUGCUCUCCUGGUCACCAUCCUGGUGUUCAUGGACCAGCAGAUCACCGCUGUCAUCGUCAACAGAAAGGAGCACAAACUCAAGAAAGGGGCAGGCUACCACUUGGACCUGUUCUGGGUAGCAGUACUACUCAUUGUGUGUUCCUUCAUGGGCCUGCCCUGGUACGUGGCUGCCACUGUCAUCUCCAUCGCCCACAUCGACUCUCUGAAGAUGGAGACCCAGUGCUCGGCUCCUGGGGAGCAGCCCAAGUUCCUGGGUGUCAGGGAGCAGAGAGUGACCGGUGUCAUUGUCUUCGUUCUGACUGGACUGUCUGUCUUCAUGGCUCCCAUCCUCAAGUUCAUCCCUAUGCCCGUGCUCUAUGGCGUGUUCCUCUACAUGGGCGUGGCAUCUCUCAACGGUGUCCAGUUCAUGGAUCGCCUGCAGCUUCUCCUGAUGCCUGCCAAGCACCAGCCUGACCUGAUCUACCUGCGCCACGUUCCCCAGCGUCGCAUCCACCUGUUUACCUUCAUACAGGCUCUCUGUCUCGCCCUCCUCUGGGUCCUUAAGUCCACUGUCGCUGCCAUCAUCUUCCCUGUCAUGAUCUUGGCCCUGGUGGCGGUCAGAAGGGCCAUGGACUACAUCUUCUCCCAGCACGACCUCAGCUACCUGGACGAUGUCAUCCCGGAGAAAGACAAGAAGAAGAAGGAGGACGAGAAGAGGAAGAAGAAGCAGAAGAAAGGAAGCAUCGACAGUGAAAUCGAUUUUGACCCCCGCCGUCUUUCCUUGACCCACACUCAGCAUGCUGAGGGCUACUUUAAGCCCACUACUGUUGCAAGUCUGAAUCCAUUAAAAAAAGCAGCGCCUCAGAUUAGGAUCGAACUGGAGCAGGAGGACAAAAGCUUCUUCUGGAAAAAACAGGCUCAGAGUUCUGAAACGUCCCUUUAGUCUAACAACAACCUGUCCUAAUGUCCAAACAACCCAACUGAACCAGCAGCAUUACCUGCACACUACUACUGAAAUUCCAUAGGGCCCUGGUCAAAAGCAGUGCACUAUAUAGGGAACAGACCUGGUUUCAAAUAUUCAAAACAUGUAUUCAGAAAACCUUUAUUUGAAAAAACAAGCAGUUGAAUAUUGGAAUGUAUUUGAAAAUACAAAAAUGCAUGGACUGAAAUACACUCCCAUGCAUUUAAUCCAGCUAUAUGAAAAUAUACUUUCAAAUACAAUUUGGUCAACUAUUUGUUUUUUUUGCAUAACCAUUUGAAUACAAAAAUAAAAGUACUUAUUUGGGGCUGUGUAUUUGAAAAUACUCAAGUACACAUGUAUUUGAACCCAGGUCUGGUAGGGAAUAGGGUGCCAUUGUGGAUGUAACCACAGACUCUUACAGCAGCCUCUUUUUAUACUGUAGCACUGUUGUAUACUCCUCCUUUUAAUGUCCUGCAAAAGUACAUAUUUGUAUUUUUUUUUUUUAACGGACAUAAUUCUUUGUUUUGAGAGUGAGAAGUAUAGGAGGGACCCUUGUGAUAGGGGAGAUGUGAUUCUUCAUUUGCGGUAUGAAAACAGUAAUGGCCGAUUCCACGGCAGCGUAGCCUGAAAAUAUUUUCUGCUCCCGCUGGCUUGGAAUCGCCCUAAUGCUCUGUACCAAGGAAAACUUUGAAGUUCAUUGUUAGCCAUUUAUGGCUAAUUCAUGGGUAAGGUAUUCAUGAUUUAUAAAGCAUUCACAAACUAAUGCAAUGCUUUAUGUAUUCAUAGUACAUGCCUGUUAGAUCAUUAAGUACAACAUAUGUUCUUAUACAGAUCUUAUGGUGACAUUAAACUGGACUGUCCUAUUUUUGCCGGCCAGAACAGAUCAAACUUUCAAAUCUCAUAAUUUUUUCAUGUCCUACUGUCCAGCAUAGGCCUAUUAUAGUUUUAUUGUUCAUGUAUAUUAAUAUUCCUCCGUCUUUUAUCUUAUUCCUUCACACUUGUAUUAUUUAUUUAAUCUCUAUCUAUGCAAAACAAAACAACAUAAAUGCUCUUGAUUCAAAAUGUUGAUUUGAGUAUUUUCCUUCCCAUUGUGUGUGAAACUUUUCUGAUUGAACUGUUUUCCUAAGAAUGUCUGUUGUUUCUAUCAGCUUUAUAAGAGACAGAGGACUUCAACCGCACUUAUCUGUAGUAGGGAUUGAAAUACAUGUAUAUACUUGUAUUUUUGGCUCUACCUCUGACUUAAUUAAUGUAGGUGCCAGGUAUUUAUAAGUACAGUAUGAUGAACACAUUGUUAAUAUGAAAUUAUCUGUCAUCAUACUGAAUUCUUUUUAUGAAAGGGCACAGCAUAGGAUCUCUAUCUAAUCACUUUCUGAGUUCCUUUUGCUCUGUAACUAAUUAAUUCAAAGAUUUUUAUUUGUAUCAUAUUGAAAUGAAAUGAAAAUGCAAUAACAGUGACGUAUAUUAUAUUGCUGAGAGAAUAAGUAAAAUAAUAAUUAAGUGUAUUUACUAUUAAGCCGUUAAUGAGAUGACAGCAUUUUUACAGUUGUCUGUGGAGUGACAUUUGUAUUACCUUUUUUUAACAAAGUGAUGAUUUAGUGUUGUUUUUUUAUUAUAUUAAACUGAUUAUGAACUGAUCAA